ACGCAAAACACAGUUAAAACUGCUCUGGACAUUUCCUUAAUAAACAGGCUCUGUUUCGGACACUGGAUCAGAUUCUGGUUCGUUUCAGAAUCCACGCACACACGCACGCACGCACGCACACACACACACACACAGAUUUAACAGGGAGGAAUUUAUGAGAGCAGGAAGUACGAGGAAGUAUGAGGUUCAACGCGUGAAUAGAAAGGUGUUUUAUCAUCGUCUCACCUGAGCAGUUGACCCAGCCCCGCAGACCUUCACUGUAACGAAGGAGCUGAGCCCAAGCUUGCUUCUGGUCAUCACCUACGUCUGAGUCUGAAUCUACUGUUUUCAUCGUGUCCUGGACCCGGCCCAGUGGCAGACACCCGGUCAGAUGUCUGCUCCACCACCUCCUCCGGUCCCGAAGCCUCGAGCUCGUUACAUGAGGGAUAGUCGGAGCUCUGUCUUGUCUUUGGACAGGUCUGAGGAUCUUUAAAUCUACAGAACAAACAAAUCUACAGUCCAAUUGGUUCCUUCAGGAGGCGUGAUAAGUGGAAGCCUACAUUCAAAUGCUUCAAAUGGAGAUCACCUGAGCACAGAUGAAGACCCUCCACAUGGUGGUGCCACAUAUCCAACUCUGGAAGGCGUUGCUGACACCAUUUCCAUCAACAUCCCGACAUUGGCUGAAAUCGCUGCCGCCAUUGGAGGUUCUGCUCCCGUUCACACUCCUUCAGCCCCUGCAGCCCCCUCCUCGAUAGACGUCAUGGCCAACAACAUUGCAACCCACAUCCCUAGCUUAGCAGGAGCUGCUAGCAUGGUGGCUAAUUCAAACACACCUGCACCAGGCACUCCUAGCUUGGAUAGCAUUGUUAGCUCAUUAGGUAACAUACCAAGUUUCUGGGGAACUGUUGGCAGCGUGGCCGACCCUGCUGUUAGCACAGCUCCAUCACCUCCAUACCACCCUUUCCCUCCCAGGUGUGGACCUGCUAGAGAAACAGAUGUUGGGGCGUUGUCACAGCUGGUUAUGUCAUCUUUAGACCGAAACACAAGAGUUUUGUUACCUACAGGAGAUGGAGAAACUGGACCCACAAAGGAAGUUUCAGUUUUAAGUUCCCAAACCAUAGUGGAGGAAAGACCAUAUGUCACUGUGUUGGCUUGUUGGACAAGUCCAGAAGAAGCUGAAACAGAAUCAUCCAAUGAGGAGGAAGAUCCCGCCCCCUCUGGGAUUAAUGGGCUAAUGGAAAAAGACAGCAUCUCAGCAAAUUCUUCAGGGCGCAUUGUUCCAUCUCGUCCAGCCCCACCCCCCCCUCCUCCCACUGGCCAGGCAGGAAAGUUCACCAGACAGAAGAUCCCUAGAGCCGCCACCAUCCGAGUGUCGAGAAAGAAAGGGGGCAGCGGGGGGUUGGGUCCACAGAGCGCUGUGAUUCGCUCCAGCUGGCUGGAUAUCUGGAAGGGGUUCAGACACAACGUUUUAUGGGCAACAUUUGAUGGACAGCUGAUGUCACUGUGGAAGAAACGCACAGACCAGUACAGCGAGGUGCUGUUUCAUGUCUCCAGUAUCACCAAUGUGAAAAAACAGGACAGAAGAAGAUUCUCUGUUUACUUCAGAAAGAAACAUUAUGACUUCAUGGCUCAUAGCGAUGAGGUGCAUGAAGGUUGGAUCAUGUCUCUGCUGACGUCUCGAGGGCAGCCAGUUCCGUCUCCACCACUACUCCAUGGACAAGUCACAAUGAAGGACACUCGGAGCCGCUGCUAUGCUGCUGUCUGGGGUCAUGAUCUCUGGGUCUACCCGAACAAAGACAGCUUCCAGCUGGGCAUUGCCUCCUUCUUAGUCCCACUAAACGUAGCUACUGUCAAACCUUUGGGGAAGCACUCGUUCACCCUCAUCACACCGUUCAGGCCCUUCAACCUGUCUGUCGAUUCAUCAAAGGAUCUGUCGAUCUGGUUGGACACUCUGUCCUCAUGUAUUCGCAGUGCCCUGUCCUCCAGUCAGGUAGCUCUGCGUCUGUGGGAAAACCCCGCCAACAAGGUGUGUGGUGACUGUGGAGCAGCCAACCCGGAGUGGGCGUCUGCCAACCUACUGCUGGUCAUUUGUCAGGCCUGUGCAGGUCAGCAUCGAGGUCUCAGCAGCAAACUGUCAAAGGUUCGCAGUCUGAAAAUGGACAACAAGAUCUGGAGCGAACCUCUUAUACAGCUCUUUGUUGCUUAUGGCAACCGGUUGGCCAAUCAAGUGUGGGCUCCAGUUGUGCCAGCGACAGAGCAGUUGCGCCCAGAGUCACCUGAUGAGAAGAGGUCAAAGUUCAUCCAGGAUAAAUACAGUAUGGGCCGCUACAGACGAGUCCACCCCCUGACAUCCUACGAGUCGCUCAUGGAUGAGAGGCUGCGUGAGGUCAUCUGCACCGACGACAUUGAGGAAACCAUGUCUUUGAUCUGCUCAGGAGCAAAGGUGUGUCAGUCGGACCCUCAAAGCCCUGCCCCCAUCCUUCUGGCUGAGAGGGCGGGUCAGGCUCUGCAGACAGAGCUGCUUCGCCUGAACCAAUACUUAGAGGUCCCACGACACCUGCACCAGGCAGCAAAUAAGAGACCUGACUCCACCCCCCCAGGUAAGGAAGACGAGAAGCUUCAUGGUAAACUGGAGGAUGAUCGAUUCCUCUUCUCUCUCGAAAACGAUUCUGCAGCAUGCGACGUCCUCGACCUCAGAGAAGUUCUGUCAGUCUUCCUCAAAGACGGGGCAACUCCCCAAUUUGAGAUGGUGACACUGAGCGAUCAGUUGAUUUGUGCAGCUGAUGACAAAGAUGGUCUCUUGAGCCACUUGGUCCACAUCCUGAAGGUGAUCCUCCCAGAGGGCGUAUCUUACCCAGAGGUGGUUGGGGCCUUUGCUGUCAGUAAAGUGUGUUUGGUCGACGUGGCCGGAGACUCGAGUCGCUCAGACGCCUGGUUGUUGCUGUGGCAAGAUGGAAUCAGUGUUCACCCUGUACAAAGACAGUCCCAGCAAAACCUGAGGGUGGACCUGGGCCAGCUCACUUACCAUGAGAUGGAUUCAUCUGAAAACCUCAUUACCAUGGUAACUGGAGACAGGAGCGUGUCUGUGCGAUUUGAGGAGGAACACAGUUGUCAGUCCUGGUACCAGCACCUUCGAGGAGCGCUGACCAAUCAGAUCUCGGCUCCACAGCGUCCUCCAAUUGUUCUUCAUCCGUCUCAUCACCCUCUGUACCCAGUGUUUGAUCUGGGAUCCAGAGGUUCGGUUCCACCGGCCAUCGAACACUGCAUCUCCCAUAUCACAUCCCAUGGUCUGCAAGUGGAGGGUAUUUACCGUCGCUGUGGCCUCACUACCAAAGUCAACAGAAUAGUGGAGGGGCUGAUGACAUCACCAGACAAAGCCCCUCUGGAGUCUGACGAACAGGGAGUGUUAGACGCUUGCUCUGCCCUGAAACAAUAUGUCCGACGGCAGGCGAGACUGAUUCCCAAUGAGCAGCAGUGGCUGCAGGCUGCAGCGAUAUCAGAUGAACGGUCAAGGUUUAAAGCUUACAGGCAGUUACUACAGCAACUACCUGAUGACAACCGAGCAACCCUGAGUGCUCUAUUUGGACACUUCUACACGGUCCAGGUGUACUCUCAAGUCAACAAGAUGUCAGCCCACAACCUGGCUGUGGUUCUGGUUCCGACUCUGUUCCAGACAGUGAACCAGGACCUGCUUAGACUCAACAGAGAAUUAAUCAUCCACCACAUGCUGCUCUUCCUGACUCCAGGCAAAGAGGUGCAAGCUGAGGAAGAAGAGCAGGUCACUGCGCUGUGAUGAUGUGGCCAUUGUUGUAUUUGAUAUAACAAACUUUUUCCUCUGAUAAAACUGUGAGUUUAAUGUUCAGUUUUUUCAUUAAACUCAUGUUUGACAACA